GAGGAGGCCGGAAGUGCACAUGUUUACUGACUACAGCCGCGGCACGCUCGUAAUGUCGUCAAAGAUAUCACUUGAGCUUUGAAUUAUUUGCUUAAACAUUACUUGACUAUACAAGUGGCUGCAUCUACUGUUUUGCAGUCGUAAGGUAAUUCACAUCUGGCCUCAGAACAGUUCUAAGGUGAAGCAAACCUGCGCGGUUGCUGCGUGUUAGCUUCGUUCAGAUAUAGCAGUGAGCUAAGGUUGGAGCUAGUCCUGUGUGUUGUUGCACGGUUCCCUGUUCACAGAAAUAACUGUUUAAUUUGCUGAAUGAAAAAUGUAACGAUACAAGUCUGACAGACCAUCACUUCGGAUGAUUAAGAAAGCAUUAGAUUGGUUCUUUAAUCCGGCAUAGGGAAAUGGACAAGAACGAGGACCAGGUCCAAACAAACGUCAGUAGAACGCUGCUUAUCCGCCACCUACCAGCUGAGCUCAGCCAGGAUGAGAAAGAGGACCUCUUAAAGUACUUUGGAGCCGAGUCGGUCAGGGUCUUCUCCAACACGGGUCGUUUGAAACAUGCAGCUUUUGCAACAUUUAGAAGUGAGAAUUCGGCAGUAAAAGCUCUUAGCAGGCUCCAUCAGUUAGAGAUCCUUGAUCAUACACUUGUUGCAGAGUUUGCGAAAGGUCAAAAUCAUGUGACCGUAUUAAAGGACCCACCGGUGUCAGAAAGUGGUAAACAUGUCAAAAAAGAGAAGAAGAAACAGGAGACCAAGCAGCCAAACGUUCCCCUCAUAGAGACCGGCAUUGCGCCUAGCCUUGGGUUGACAUUUCAAUCGAAUCCCACUCUGAAAUAUUUAUACCCACCACCCUCUAAUGGCAUUCUGACAAAUAUAACACACAUCCUAAUGAGUGUGCCAAAGUUUUAUGUUCAAGUACUGCAUCUGAUGAACAAAAUGAAUUUACCGUGUCCGUUUGGCCAAAUCACUGCCAGGCCCCCCAUGUAUGAGCUCCUGCCUCCUGCACCACCCAUCCCGAUGCCUCCUCCCUUCCCUCCCGACUACCCCCCUUUACCAGAGGAGGAGAUGGAGCUGUCCAGUGGAGAAGAAUCAGAGUAUGAGAGCGAGGACGACGAAGACAAGGAGAGGAUUGUUCGUCUGAUGGGCCUGGUCAACCAAGCGUGCAAGAGACCCUUGAGACCAAAAACAGCUUCAAAGAGAAAGAAGCCCAAGAUCAAGGAUCUACUCUAUGCUCCCAAACCAGACUCUCAGAGUGCUCCAGUGCUGCAGCCCUCCGAUGUGUUUGAGCAGCCCCACCCCGCCGGGCAGAGGAAAAUUGAAUUCCACAUUUCAGUUCCAGAAGUGGCGGACAUGGCAGAAGGAAGUGGCCCAGGUCAGCCUGAUGAGGAAGGCGAAGUGGAUGAGAGGGAGCUCACCCCCAGCAGCAGCCAGGAGGCGGCAGAGGCUGAGGGUUUCGGGAAGCUUUACCCCAGCGCACAGGCGUCCCAACAGCAAGAGGAGCUUAGCGAUGACGAGCAGGAUCUCCCCUCAGACGUCAUCUCCAGGAAGGAGCUGGAGAAGGGACGGCUGUCAAGAGAUGAGAUAAAAAGGAUGUCUGUGUUUAAAAACUAUGAACCUGGUGAGCCUACCUGCAGACUGUACGUGAAGAAUAUUGCAAAGCAAGUGGAUGAGAAAGAACUAAAGUACAUCUAUGGGAGAUACGUCAACCCUUCGUCAGAAGCCGAGAGAAACAUGUUUGACAUUGUGUUAAUGAAGGAGGGGCGGAUGAAAGGGCAGGCCUUCGUAGGACUCCCCAGUGAGCAGAGUGCAGAGAAAGCCCUGCGGGAAACCAACGGCUACGUUCUCUAUGACAAGCCCCUCAUCGUUCAAUUUGCCCGAUCUGCCAGACCAAAAGAAGACAACACAGUUACCAAGAGAGGACCCAAACAACGAUGAACUCAGCAGAUGCCAAGGCUUGAUAUUGUGGCCCAGCAGAACCAUUUGUAUCCUUAUUCUGGCAUAUCCUUUUGGGGAAAAAAAAAGGAAAGAAAAUGGGGUCAGUUUAUUUGUAGUUAUUGUGGCACAAUUGGAACUUGAAACAGCCUGGAUUGUAGUCUAAAUUUAAAAAAGACUGCGUGCCACACUUUGUUUCUGUAGUCUAUUGUCUCUUACAGUAUGUUCUCUGAAAUACUUUAAGUAUAGACUGUGCUAUUUUGGAGUCUCUCAAACAUCUCUUUACAUUUCUCUCUACCUUGUUUGACUGAUUUUCAGGUGAUGGUCCUCAGAUGUCCUCUUCUUCUUCUUUUCUUA